CCCCACCGUGUUUAUUAGGGGAAGGAGGGCGGAGGCGGAGGCCAGUUCCCCAGUUCCAGUCGCCGUCGCCUGCACAGUUGCAGCCGCCGCCUCUCAGACGCUCGCCCAAGGAAAAGGGAACGCGCGCGAGCUCGGGCGUCCCCGCCCCAGUCUUUCCCCGGAACCAUGAACCCUAACUGUGCCCGGUGCGGCAAGAUCGUGUAUCCCACGGAGAAGGUGAACUGUCUGGAUAAGUUCUGGCAUAAAGCAUGCUUUCACUGCGAGACCUGCAAGAUGACCCUGAACAUGAAGAACUACAAGGGCUAUGAGAAGAAACCUUACUGCAAUGCACACUACCCUAAGCAGUCCUUCACCAUGGUGGCUGACACUCCGGAAAACCUCCGCCUCAAGCAACAGAGCGAGCUGCAGAGUCAGGUGCGCUACAAGGAGGAGUUUGAGAAGAACAAGGGCAAAGGCUUCAGCGUGGUGGCGGACACACCCGAGCUGCAGAGAAUCAAGAAGACCCAGGACCAGAUCAGCAACAUCAAAUACCAUGAGGAGUUUGAGAAGAGCCGCAUGGGGCCCAGUGGAGGUGACGGUGUGGAGCCAGAGCGCCGAGAACCCCAGGACAGCAGCAGCUACCGGAGGCCACCAGAGCAGCAACAACCACAGCCUCACCACAUCCCGACCGGUGCCCCAGUUUACCAGCAGACUCAGCAGCAGCAGCUGACUCAGUCCUACGGUGGCUACAAGGAGCCUGCAGCCCCCGUCUCCAUACAGCGUAGUGCCCCAGGUGGCGGCGGGAAACGGUACCGUGCAGUGUACGACUACAGUGCUGCUGACGAGGACGAGGUCUCCUUCCAGGAUGGGGACACCAUCGUCAACGUGCAGCAGAUCGACGAUGGCUGGAUGUAUGGGACCGUGGAGCGCACCGGUGACACAGGGAUGCUACCGGCCAACUAUGUGGAGGCCAUCUGAGCCUGUGCCGUCCACCCUCCGUCUUCAAUGCAUUCCAUGGCAUCACAUCUGUCCUGGGGCCUGACCCAUCCACCCUUCCGUGUCUCUGUCUUUUAAGAUCCGCCGCCGCCGCCGCUGCUUCUUUAUCCCCGCCCCUCCUCCAGCUUCUUUUGCCAACCCCGGCCUUGUUCUGCCACUGUCUCGGGCUCCUUCCUCCGGCAGGUUUUCCCUUGGACCAACCCGACUGAUUGAUUUUUCUUCCUGGAUGGAACAGGCUGGGCACUCUGGGGAGGGUGGGCUCACGGGGCUGAGCUGAAAUGGGAGACCCAUUAAAGAGAUCAGAGAGUCCAGGCAUGGUGGCACACACCUUUAAUCCCCGCACUCGGGAGGCAGAGACAAGCAAAACAGUUCUCUGAAUUCAGGGCCAGCCUGGUCUACAUCAUGAGUUCCAGGACAGCCAGAGAGAGCUAUGUGGUGAGACCCUGUCUGGGGGAGGGGAGGAUUGUUAGCUCCCAGCCUCACUUCCUGCCGUAGGCCCUUCAGAACCCCUGGCCUAGCUCCUCUGACACCCUGUAUCCUAGGGCUGGGGUGAGCCCCAUGCUCCUCCUACCGCCAGGUGGGGUUCCACACAUUUUUGGGGGGAGUGGGAGGGAUACCGAGGCCUCAGUUAUGUCGGGACCAAUGUGACGAGUUUCCCUUUCCGCUAGCCCGCCCUCCUGACCCUGUGUGUGUCCCUUCACACACCGAGUGUGCCGUCCUGCCUACGCAAACCCGGGGUGGCCGCAGAGCUCCUCGGGAAGCACAGCUCGGGUCAAGUUCUUGCCUUGGUUCUGAGGGCGGCGGCAGCAGGAAGGAGGAACAGGGUGUUCUCCCCAGGCCUGUGUCGUUCCACCCCCCAGCCUCCAGGGACUCUCUUUAUCUCCCUGGCUGGGAUCCUGCUGUGAAGGGUAGAGCAAGGGAUGCCUUUGGGACUUGAGUUAACUGAGCUGUUCCUUCCUGCUCCCCUGGGAAGAGGUCUCUGCGUCUCCUAUGGCCUUCCCUCCCUGGAACAAGGCUGGAUGGGGCUUAGAGCUCUGUGAACAGUCUCCUGGACACACAGGAGGCCUCAGCCUUUUGCUCACUCUCUGGGGAGGUGGGAGAAGGCUUUUCCUGUCCUUGUGUCUGAGGUGACAGAGUACGGUAGGACCAAGUCACCCCCACUGUGGCACCUCCCUCAAGGCUCUCCUGUCCUUGAAACAAGGGAGCGAGUCCGGGAUGCCAAAGCUGGCGGCACCAUCUCUGGACCGGUGCUAAAUUCAGGUUCCUCCUUUGCACCCGGGGCCUGGGACAGCCCUCACGCGGCUCCAUUCAUCUCUGGGUUUUCUUGUCAGCUCUCCUGGGUCCUCUGACUCUCGUCUUGACUCUGAGUCUUGUAUCAGGCCCCUUUGCACACAGACCCUACUGCAGGUCAGGCUUGAACCUGAAGGCACUGGUCAGGUCGGCGAUGCGGUCAGUAGUCCAGACCAGCCUUGCUGGAUUAGCGAGUAACCACCCUCCUGCUUGGUCAGUCCCCUCCGACCCUGACCUGGGCCAUGGCAAGUAGGAGCAGUAUGGGGAGAACUUUGUGGAAACGUUUUAGGAGCCCCUGGGGAGGCACCAGUCCAUUCCAUUUCCUCUUCAUCUCAAAGCACAAUGCGGUUCUGGGGACCAGAGGUCAGGGACUCUUGCUCUUGGAGGGCCUGUGCUUGGGAGGUGCCCCAGCCUGAUUGCAGUCAGCUGAACCUCCCUUCCCAACAUAGGAGCCAGCUGCUCCUCUACCACCCUAGAAAUGGGGGAGGCCUUCACACACCUGCAGAGGCAAAAGGAACUAUCCAUUGGUGCUGAGGGCCCCAGCUGGAGUCCAUAUUCUUUUUCUAGAAGCAUCCACUUCUAGAAGAGCACAGGAUCCCCAAGCCCGUGAUCUCUUCAUAAAGGUCUUUCAGCCAAUCAAAACCCAGGAAAAAAAGCACCUUGGCUAGACUGUGAACUUAACUUUUGUGGGCCAAUCCUGCAAUGCAAGAAGCCCCGUGGUGAGGACAUGAAUUCUCCCCAGACUGCUUCCUGUUUUCCGCCCUCGUGUCCCUCCAGGGAACAUUUUUAUUUGUUAAUAGCUGGACACAAGACAAAAAGUACCACCCCACAAAAGCCUGUAUUUAAAAGGAAACAGAAGUGGCCCUGUGAAAUUCGCCUCUGUCCGACAUUUCAUCUGUGUGUGUGUGUGUGUGUGUGUGUGUGUGUGUGUGUGUAGCCACCCACUCAUCUUUUAUAUGGGGUUGUCAACUUUCUUUGAUCUGUUCGGUCCCCUCCCUCCUGGCCUUGCGCUCGGGAUCAGUUCUUUCUGGCCUGUUAUGAAUCUGAACAUUGACUUGAACCACAAAGUGAAUCUUUAUCCUGGUGACGCAAAUAAAAGUCUAAUUUUUACCUGCGGA